AAAUAAAUAGUUUAACUUCAGGCAUUCUGUGGGUUAACCGUAUAAAUCUCUCGCUCAUUGGAAAUACAGCUACUGUGGUAUUGAAUUUAUAGGCUUAAAGCGUGAAAUAGGAAGCUUGUGGAGUUACGUAUAAAAGGUAUCGAUAUCGGACCUAAAGCGAUAGGAUUCUGUAAUGAAACCAAUGGUGUUUAUAAACAUGCGGGUCUGUGCAUCAGUUAAUACAUGGCUCGCUGUGUUAUUCUCGAAACGUUUUAACUGAUCUGACACAUAAGCCGGCUUAACGAAGAUCAAACGGAUGGCUUUGGAGGAAAAUUAAUUAAUAAUGUUACUUUCUUAUGUGAUUUCCUUUAAAAUAUAUAUUGACGUACCGAUAUGAUUGAAAUGAAUUUUAAAACAGUUAUUAGCGUGAUAAUAAUAAUUAUAGCAUUUUAUUCGGUUAUGUGACAGAUUUAGAAAAGCUUCGGAAUUAUUCUCGAAGGAAAACUUACCAAAUCAUGGAUGCUACAACCAUUGCAGACACAAAUGGUACAACAUCAGAGUUUUUACAUGACGAAAACUACAUAUACGACAAAUAUCUUCCAGUGAUUAAUUCAUCUUCAAAAUACACGAGACUUCUUGUUUAUGCUUUAGGUUACCCUGGUAACCUACUGGCUUUCUUGGUAUGGAUAAGAAGCCUAUGCUUCAAAGCAGUGGCGUUUACCUGGCAACGCUCGCUUUAUCAGACCUGCUAUUUCUAUUGUUGGACCUACCAUACAGCUUGCAAACUGAAUGGAAUGUAUAUGUGUUAAAUUUCCCAGUUGUCUGUGAAGGAUUCACAGUUGUUUACUUGGCUGCACAGUAUAUGUCUCCUCUUUUAACUCUAGCCUUUACAACAGAAAGGUAUAUAGCUAUAAAAUUUCCACUGAAAAGAAGAAUGUACUGCACUGUAAGGCGUGCACUUUGCAUGAGUUCGUGUAUUGCUUUGACAUCAUUAGGAUUAUGCGGUAUUCAAGGAUACUUUUGGACAUAUGAUACUAAAGUUAAAGAGUGUUUGCGACGAGUGGGUGAAAGCACACAAGAGCUUUGGGAAACAUGGACAUGGGUAACAGAAAUGAUAAUGUUCUUGUGUGUACCGCUCAUAAUACUUAUUCUUAAUUUGUUGGUGAUUUUUGAGAUUCGAAAGUCAAGAAAAGUUGCUUUGAAACUGAACCGUAUCCUUUUCAAAACAAAUGCCACGACAACAAUGCUGUUAGCUGUGUCGUUUUUCCUAAUUUUAACGACACUACCAGUGUCUAUCAUGUACGCAUUGUAUGAAAGUUUCCCGCCAGGAAAUGACUUUAUAGAUAUCGAAACCAAUGGUAAAUGGCAAGCACAUUUCCGGUACUACAGAGCUCGAACUGUUAUAUAUAAUAUUGGUCUGACCCAUUUUUUCAUGAAUUUCUAUAUCUACCUCAUGGCAGGGGAAAGAUUCAGGAGGGAGGUUAUGAAUGCUAUACGCUGCAGAAGUUCCAGGCGUGGGUUAAGUAAACAAAGAUUAGAAACUACAAAAAUGGAAUCAUUUUACAGCAGUGAUGCUAUGUGAAUGACGGACCAAAUGAAUAUUAAUCUUCAUGUUUACCAAAAGUGAGAUAAACCAACCUGUCCUUUAUUAUUCUAAAUUCCAUUUUGUAUAAUGGAAAGUUACUGUAAAUAAUUGUCCAAGUUCUGAUGAGUUGACAUCAAAGUAAAAGCAAAGCCUUGAAGAGAGAAGACAUUGUGAUAAAAGCAGACGGUUUUUUCAUUAAUAUUUUCGUUGUUUUAUAAUGUAUUAUAUUCAAUGUAAAAUGGGAUCAAUUGGUAGUAUUUUGUUUAUGUAUGUCUUGCUAUUGAAAAUCAAUUUCUAGUUGAACUGUAGUCCAAUUAUUUCUCAAAUGAUUUUUAGGAAACGUUUAAUAAAACUUCUGCAAUAACACCAUACGUAUUUUAACAAUACGGCUGUGCAAAUAUACCAUGUACAUCAGCGUUUAAAUACAAAAGACUUGACAGGAUUCUAAACAAAAAAAAAUAAUAAAAGUACAUGGUAACUCGAUGCGGCCUCUGCUCAAACGUCUUAAUUACGUUAUAUAACUUUGUGUCAAUUUUUCCCCUUUUCAAAGAAUUACUUAUGUUAAGCAAACAUUUUUAAAGUCAAGCAACCUACUGAUACAAUACUUUUAAAAAUCGUCUCUUCUAAAUGAUCUGCAAAGUCUUCUGUUCACAGUCUUACAGUCAACAAUUUCUGAAAUAAUGCGAAUUGUUGAUGGCAGUCUUCAUUGAUUUUAUGUUUUCAUCUUCGUCCGCUGUUUAGGACAGCAUGACUAUGGGGUUCACAUGUUUGUGUUUUAAUUUCGACAUCUGUUACAUAUUUUUAUGGCACUUGCAUGAUAACGAUAACAAAUCAUUCUUUUCAAGGGUUUAAAACUCUUUAACAUUGCCGCAGGUAUCAUUCAGUACUAAAUUCUGAAAUUGAUAACCAUUUGUAGAGCUGUGUUCGCGUCAAGGGUUCUUAUUUGCAUUGUGCUUUAUGAGCACUGUAUGCAUUAAAAGAAUUAGAAGAAACGCUGUAAACAAAGAUGCUUUACAAUUUAAAAUUGCUUCAUACAGUUAAUGUCACGUAACAACAUUAGAAAGAUUUUUAACGUCAUUGAUCACAUUUUCCAUUUUGACAAAGUGUGUUACACUCAUUUUUGGCUGUACGCAUACCAAAGGUAUGUAAUAAUGCUUUAAAAGUUUGGUUUUUGUAUACAUUCUUAAUAUAAUAUUUCCUAUUUCACUUCAAAUUGAUGGGGAUACACUUGAAGAAAACUAUUUUAGCCUAGUUAUAUUUUUGUUUUGUUUUACAACCAUAAUCCACAACUUUCCCUCAUAUAUAUGGGGACAUAUUUUAACAACGCUCAACAUGUACUUACCGAUAAUUUCUUUGAUCGAAUUCAUCAAAGUUGUGUAUCUUAUAUUUUAUAAGCAUGUCCUGUAAUAAGGUAUCGUUAUUUAAUAAAUGAUUGAUAUACUAUUAAAUUUCUGUUUGCAUUGUAGAUUGGUCUGUGAUAUAUUGGGAACUGUAUAUCAUUUCAAUAGGUUUAUAAGAUGUAUAUGUUUACUUUGUUUUUGUUUUUUGUUGUUUUUUUUUAAUUCCAGUUUGACAUGCACAAAUAAUAUUUACUUGUAGCAUGGAUGGCAUUUACACACCACAGUUAAUAUUUGCAGGAUGAUACCUUAUCUUAAAUGUCUUAAACUUUAAUGUAGUCCUGUUCAAUUAUAAUAUCUUUAACGACAUGCUAACGUUAAGCAGUCAUAAAGUUAUACCUGGACUAUUAUUAUUUUGAUUAUUUAUACAUAUAUGUCUCAAUGUGUAAAAUAAAAUGUUUGAUAUCUCAGCUUGUUUUGUUGAAAAUUUCGAUUUCAAAGAUACUGAAAUCAUUCGUUUGAUGCUUUUAUAGAAAACAAAACAAGAUAUAUUUUGCUAAUAAGUGACCAUUUCGCAAUUAAAUAAAGCAAUAAAAAAUAAGGUAAAACAGAAUUAACUUAUUGG